GCUGCAAAAUCAGCGAUCUUGGUCUGUUCGUGUUUGAGAAACGCCGUAAUAAAGUGGUACCUGUCCCCGUCCUCAUAUCUGCCCCAUCGUAGACGCUAGAACCGGGAUGGCGUCCUCCAUGAGACUCCUGGUGUGCGGCGAUGUCGGCGGUCAGUUUGACAAACUUUUUGACCGCGUGUCGAGGGUCAAUGAGAAGCACGGGCCUUUUGACAUGCUGCUUUGCGUCGGCGACUUCUUCGGGCCCGACACUUCGCUAUGGCUUCAAUACAAGCUCAGCGGCCGCAAGGUCCCCCUGCAGACAUACGCCGUUGGCAUCACGCCCGAGUCGUAUUCAGACUCGGACCUCGCGGACAACGUCGUCCACUUGGGUUCCCGUGGAAUAUUUACCGGUGCUUCGGGACUCAAGAUUGCCUACUUUUGCGGAAACGAGAGUAAAGAUGGCAAACCUUCCAGGGGCGAGUUUGUCAAGAAGGAAGCGGUCGAAUUCUUGACCCCGAUCGUCGAAAGUACAAGCCACAAGGGCAUAGACCUGUUCAUCACAUCCCAGUGGCCGAAGAACGUGAGCAAAUACGCUCACACCGCGUCCGCUGAAGAAGAAAAUGGUUCGGACGUCAUAUCUCUACUCGCCUUCUUUCUCCGGCCUAGAUGCCACUUCACGUCAUCCGGAGACACAUACUACGAGAGGACUCCGUACAGGAACCACAAGGUGCUCCAGGAGCAAGCUCGCCACGUUACGCGAUUCAUAUCACUGGCCUCCGUCGGCAACGCGACCAAGGCCAAGUGGCUUUACGCCUUCUCGAUGGAUCCCAUGUCGAGCAUUACGAAUGCGGAGCUCGUGAAGCAGCCCACCGACGUGACCGAAUGUCCGUACGAGUUCAGCGAGUCGGACCUCAAGGACGCGUCAUCCAAGUCGCAGCAGUUCUUCUACGACCUCACGCCGGCCGCGGAAAAGGGCAAGAAACGAAACCGCGAUUCCGGAGACAGGCAAGAGCGCAAGAAGCGACCCCCUCCAGCCCCCAAGGGACCCUGCUGGUUUUGCCUGGCCAGUCCCGAAGUGGAGAAACACCUGGUCAUCAGCAUCGGCGAAAGCUGUUACCUGGCGCUGGCCAAAGGAGCGCUCACUCCGGAUCACGUGCUCAUACUGCCCAUCGGUCACCAUCAGAGUACGGUCGAAUUGGACGAGGAGACACUGGAAGAUGUCGUGAAGUUCAAGGAAAGCUUGAAGCAGUACUUCAAAUCAAAGAAUAAGCGACCUGUCUUUUUCGAAAGGAACUAUAAGAGCUCCCACCUGCAGAUCCAGGUCGUGCCUGUGCCCGAGCCGUUGAUGUUAGGUCUCCAGUCCGUGCUAGUGGACUACGGCAUGUCGCUCGGUGUAGACUUAGACGAAAUACCCCGAAACUCGAGCCUUCGCCAGAUUGUGGACCCCGGGCGGCCCUACUUCUACAUGGAGUUUGAUAACACCAAGUUGCUGCAUAGGAUUAAGAAGAACUUUCCUCUCCAGUUCGGCAGGGAAGUGCUGGCUUGUGAAGAAGUUCUUAAUCUGCCGGACAAAGCAGACUGGAAAGACUGCAAAAUGUCUAGAGAUGAGGAAGUGGCGAUGGUGGCUGAAUUUCGAAAACAGUUUGAGCCCUUUGACUUUACGUUGUGAUGCAUUGUAUGCGUUGUAAAUAGACAAGAUAACAUUGGUGGCUUAUCAUGUGGGCUCAUUUCUAUAUUUAGCUUUGGAGAUGUAGUAAAGCUCAUGUCAUUAUACCCAUAGCAUAGAAAGGAACACAUGAAUGUUACACGUUACCUGAAAACGAAUUUCCAGGUGAAAAUUUGUGUGGCAAAUGACAAGAAAGAGGUAAAAACAGCCUGACCAGCUGUGCGAUGUGCUAAUUCCAACACAUCAUUAUUGUCACUAUCUUUGUCUGUAGCCCUACUACUAGUCUCUUUGUCUGCACAUUAACAAAGAAAGCAAAACUGCCAACAACAUAAAAAUGUUCACCUCAAUAAUAUUCAAAAAAUGUGCAUCUAUUUUAUUCUCAUUAUGUGUAUAAUAACAGUAACAUGAACUUAGAAAAUUGUCUUAAUUUUUUUUAUUUGUUUUGAACUAUGAAGCUUCACGUGAGCAAAUACCACAUCAGUCACUCAAGAAGGCUUAACACAAGGCAAACAUUAAGCUACACUUAAAUUUUGAGAAGGAUGCACGCUAAAAUUAAUAAAAAUAAAGAUAAACUAUUAACAAUAUUUAGAAGUUAAUGACUUCAUACUUUCUCUUCAGACCUAGGAAAUUAAAGAACAUAAAAAUAUA